CAACAAACGUAUCACUUGUCGAACAUUUGAUUUUGAUGCUGAUUCUCUACAAUGUCGUUUAUGGGAAAUGGAUACAACAACAGGUUCGAUUGUUGCUUCACCAUCAAAACCACGAUCAUCUGUUGGUUCAGUUCAAAUCUCUCCUAAUAACUAUGUUAACAUUCACAAUCAGUCAUGCAAUCAUUGUGAUCAAAGUCGUUAUGAAAUAUGUAAUGUAAACAGUUCAACUUGUCAAUGUCCACCAUUUACAUAUUGGAACAAUGAAAUGUGUAUGAUACAAUUAUUUCAAGGUCAACUAUGUUCAAAUACAUAUGCUUGUCGGACGGAUCUCAAUCUUUCAUGUCAACCGACCUGUAACUUUACUUAUCAAUGCUCUGCUUCUCCAACCGCAGGUAUUGGUUUGACAGUAGCUGGUUUUUGCAAUGGUAGUACAGAUGCAGGUGCACUUGGUGUAAUGGGUCCUUGGGGUAUCUAUGUUUCACCAUUCGAUGGAAUCCUAUAUGUAGCCAAUUACGAUGUGCCACGAUUUCAAUCAUUUUUACCAUUCUCACGCAUUGGAUCUACGAUUCUCUCUAACGGACUCGGUGCGGCUGAGGAUAUAUUUGUUGACAGUUCACACAAUAUAUACAUGUCUGAAUAUACCACUAAUGACGGUAUGAUGUACAUUCAACGACCAGGAAUGAAUCUUACAAGUUUUCCAUCAAUAGGUCGAUCAAACGCAAACUGUUCUCUGACAGGGUUAUAUAAAAUUAUUGGUGUAGUAGCUGAUCAAUCCGGUAAUAUUUACGCAUCAUUGGCUGCUUGUUGUACGAUCGUGAAAUGGCCACCAAAUAGUACGACUGGUAUUCAUAUUGCUGGAAACAACAUAAACUCUGGUUCUGGUAGUAAUGCAUUAGAUUGGCCUCGAUUUAUCCAUUUAGAUGAAGUUCGGGGAGCCUUAUAUGUCGCGGACAGUAAUAACAAUCGCAUUCAGAAAUUUAUGAUAGGCGGCAACGGAACAGGAAUAACAGUUGCAGGUGGUGGUGCGUCGGGAGUGGGUCUUAACAAAUUGAAUGGUCCUUCAGGUGUUUGGGUGACACGAAAUGGUCAAACUCUUUAUAUUGCUGAUAGCAAUAAUAAUCGUGUGAUGCGAUGGAAUAUUGGAGAUACACAAGGAUCGGUUGUAGCCGGCAGUGCAAGUGGUGUUGCGGGCAGUACCAGUACGCUUCUUUCGUCUCCUGGUGAUGUGGCACUUGAUCCUACUGAAACAUAUUUAUAUGUUUCUGACUAUAAUAACAAUAGGGUGCAACGGUUCGUUCUUCAAUGA